AUGGGCUUGACGCCGUAUCUUGGCCUUCGCGGCAACGCACUUCUCAGAGCAGCAGUCGCACUGGUCGUGUUCCCAACCUUCACUUGCUAUGGCUACAAUAUGAGUGUGGCCGGAGGUCUUUUGACACUUCCCGCCUUCAACGAACAGUUCCCUCGUAUGGACACUAUGAACACGGAGGGAGACUUGAAAGCGGACAACUCGAUGAUUCAAGGCACAGUCAUUGCUCUCUACACCGUCGGUGGCAUCUUCGGAGCCUUGUCAUGCGCGCAUCUAGGUGAUCGAUUAGGGCGGAAGAAGGUCAUCUUCUGGGCCAAUUUCGUUUGUAUGAUUGGCUGUAUUCUCAUGGCGACGUCCUUUAAUUUUGCUCAGUUUAUCGUCGCAAGAAUAUUUCUUGGAACGCUCAUUUGUAACUGCCCGCCAAGACCUCUCGCCAAGAAUGUCUCUUCUCCCGCCAAGGGCCUUCCAGUCACUUGGGUGGAUUUCAAGCUUCCCGCGUUUUGGGCCUGCGGCAGCCAACCAUAUUAUAUGCGUCUCUCAGACGCACGAUUGCGCGAUGCCUCUCGUUUUUGGUUGACACCCUGUCCCUGCCAAGCCCAUCAAAACGAUGAUCAAGCUUCAGCGUAA